AUGAAGAAGUAUAAUGUGUAUCACCGGGUUGCUACCCCCUACCAUCCGCAAACAAGUGGGCAAGUUGAGGUCUCCAACCGGGAAUUGAAGCCGAUAUUAGAGAAGACGGUGAAUGGCACUCGCAAGGAUUGGAGUUUGAAACUUGAUGAUGCUUUGUGGGCAUAUCACACGGCAUUUAAAACGCCAUUUGGUAUGACCCCUUAUUGCAUUAUAUAUGGGAAAGCAUGCCAUUUACCCUUGGAGUUGGAGCACCAGGCCUUUUGGGCGAUUAAAAAUUUGAACUUUGAUCUUAAAGCGGCGGGGGAGAAACACUUGUUGGAAUUGAAUGAAAUGGAGGAAUUGCGGUUAUCGGCAUAUGAGAAUGCAAAGCUCUAUAAGGAGACGAUAAAGUGGAACUAUGUUUUGGUCUAUAAUUCGAGGUUGAGAUUGUUUCCGGGCAAGCUUAAUUCCCGAUGGAGUGGGCCAUUUAAGAUUCGGAGUGUGGCGGAUCAUGGUGCCAUUGAGUUAGAGAAUCAAGGGGGUGAAACGUUCAAGGUCAACGUACGCCGUUGCAAGCCUUAG